AGUCCGAGAAUGUCUUCUGUCACUAUACUGUUAUACCAGGGAGUUUAGACAUGAUUCUACUCGUGCUCCGUGUUUUUCUGGUGUUUACUUUUCAUGAAAUAACGUUAGCCAAAACAUGUGACGAAAGACUUGCGAAUCUUGAGAAUUUAUAUGAUAGUCUUCAAUUAAAACUUGAAGACCAGAUUUUUGUUAACAACGGUUUCGGAAACAGUGGACAGGAUGGGUCAAAAACCAAGCUCAAAAAAGAAAAACUGGAUCUGGAAAGAAGAGUAGUAAGCCUUGAGGAAGCUCUAACUGACUCCAAUAGACAAAUGUACCUCCUUAAAGCUAGAGUCUCAGAAUUAGAACGUAAAAACCAGGAACAAGAAACCAGACUAGCAAAUGUGGAAGAGAAUAGGCUAGUAUUUGAAAUGAAAAGUUCAAAUUGGGAGACAUUUCUUGACGGAAAAGCACAAAAACAGACGAAACAAACCAACAUUGCUAAUGAAAAGGACACUCCACCAAAUAUCAAUGACAGUUCUUCAUCAAAUGGCGAUAAUUUCACACAAACAAAAGGAGAGCUUCUGACAACCCAAAUCAAACACGAGGUUCCACUUGAGGGAUAUUCACAAAUGAAUGAUGUAGGAAACGUGAAAAUGGAAAAACGCGGACUUCCAACUACACAGACUCAUUUCCCUGGUGAGGUUGCAUUUUCAGCAUACGUAUCUAUGAUUGAAACGUAUAUAUCAAAAGACCACACCAUUGAAUUUGACAGAAUUGUGACAAACAUCGGCAAUCAUUACAACCCCCCUUACUGGAACGUUCACUGCUCCACAUCAUGGCGUCUAUGUUUUUACUUGGAACCUUUAUUGUGACAUUGAUGGCUAUAUCUAUUCAUAAGUUGUCGUCAAUUCUAAUGCUGUAAGUGCAAUGCUUACAACAGCACAGGGCUCGACAAAUGUGAGAACUACUACAGGGAUCGUGGUGGUGGAGGUGAACCAAGGUGAUGUGGUAUUUGUUCGCACGCAUCCAACUGCAACCUACAGUGGUAAUCUCUACUCUUCUCCAAUCUGGCGAUCGUCUUUCAAUGGCUGGAAACUGUUCUGAUAUCAUUAAA